AUGGCUUCUGAACAAGAAAAGGAAGUCUCGCCAGCUGACGAGCAGCCCCGGGUCGAAACGCCGCUAGCUGUCGACUCGGACACGUCGAGCAUCUCGUCACAUUCGUCCGUGACGGCAACAGACCGGGCUCAGGCCUUGCACACGGUCCCAACUGCCGCAGACGUCCCGGCACCACGGAAGCAAGCACAUACCACAAAGGUCAGCCACUGGCAGCUCGUCUUCGAGCCAGGUCAAAUCACGCCCGAUGUUCAGAACUACAAGUACUCGGGCCAUGGCACGUCCGAGUCGCCCUACGUCGUGGAAUGGAUACCGGAUGAUCCCCACAACCCCUUCAACUUUCCUCGCUGGAAGAAGUGGGCGAUCACCAUCCUCCAAGCGUUUGCGACUCUGGCCGUCACUUUCGUCAGUUCCGCCUAUUCCGGCGGCGUCCGGGAAAUCAUCCUGUACUUCCACAUCUCCAGCGAAGUUUCCAUCCUUGGAGUCUCGCUAUUCGUCCUUGGCUUCGCCAUUGGUCCAUUGAUUUGGGCGCCCUUCAGUGAAUUCUUCGGCCGUCAACGCCUCUUCUUCAUCACUUUUGGAUUGCUCACCGCGUUCAACGCCGGCGCUGCCGGCGCGCAAAACAUCGCGACCCUGAUGAUUCUUCGAUUCUUCGCUGGCUCCUUUGGCUCGUCGCCCCUGACCAAUGCUGGCGGCGUCAUUGCCGACAUGUUCUCAGCCGACGAGCGUGGUCUCGCUACUGCCAUCUUUGCCGCGGCCCCCUUCCUGGGCCCCGCCAUCGGCCCCAUUGCCGGAGGUUUCUUGGGUGAAGCUGCGGGAUGGCGAUGGGUUGAGGGCUUGAUGGCCAUUUUCACCGGUGUCAUCUGGAUCAUCAUCUCGCUUUGGGUUCCCGAGACCUUUGCGCCCGUCCUGAUGCGCCGCCGGGCCGACAAGCUCAGCCACAUGACGAGCAAGGUCUACGUGGCCAAGCUCGACCUGCACCAGCCGCGCAAGAGCAUGGUCCAUCAGUUCAAGAUCGCCCUGUCGCGGCCCUGGAUCCUUCUCUUCAGCGAGCCGAUUGUCAGCCUGCUGUCCAUCUACAUGGCCAUCGUUUACGGCACCUUGUACAUGAUGUUCCCGGCCUUCCCCAUCGUCUUCCAGCAGGCCCGGGGCUGGAGCCCAGGCAUCGGCGGCCUGGCCUUUAUCGGCAUCGCCGUCGGCAUGAUGUUUGGCGUCACGUACUUUAUGUACGACAACAAGCGCUACCAGGCCGUCUCGGCCAAGCACAAGGGCUUCGCGCCCCCUGAGGCCCGCCUCCCCCCCGCCAUCAUCGGCUCUUUCUUCAUCCCCGUCGGCCUCUUCUGGUUCGCCUGGACCAACGGCCCGUCGGUCCACUGGAUCGUCUCCAUCAUCGGCUCGUCCUUCUUCUCCUUUGGCAUCGUCCUCGUCUUCCUCGCGCUCAUGAACUACCUCGUCGACUCGUACGUCAUCUUCGCCGCCUCGGUCCUGGCCGCCAACUCGGUCCUGCGGUCCCUCUUCGGCGCCGCCUUCCCGCUCUUCACGACGCACAUGUACCAGAACCUGGGCCUGCACUGGGCCUCGUCGAUCCCGGCCUUCCUCGCGCUCGCCUGCGUGCCCUUCCCCGUCCUCUUCUACAUCUACGGCUCUCGCGUGCGCGCCAAGUGCGCCUUCGCCGCCGAGGCCGCCGACGUGCUGCAGCGCAUGCGCACCGUGCACGAGGAGAUCGACGAGGACGAGGCCGUGCUCGAGGUGGAGCGCACGCGGACGGCGGCGCGCGAGCGGCGCCACUCGGAGGCCGUGGCGCGCGCCCGGAGCAGCUCGCGCCGGCGCAGCCAGUCCGUCCGGCGGAGCCACUCCAUCUUCAACCGCGAGAAGACUCGCGAGUCGCAAGACGCAGCUUGA